CUCCAUUGUUAUUUUAUUUUAAACCUCGGAUCAUGGCGAAAAUAAUUAUAUUUAUUAUUUUAGUGGUUUUCCUAGACCACUUGCAUGCUUACAAGUUGGCUAAGUCCUCCGAUGAUUUGGUGGCUCCUAGUGGAGUGGAUAGUGACAAUGGCGAUAAUGAGAAUCAAGCUAAGGAAAAUCCAGAUACCAAGAAAUGCACCAUCAAAAUGGAUGCCUCAUGCAAGAUGAAGGCGUCGUGCAUAGCCCAGAAAGCGGCCAAGGAAGCAAAGGAGGCUUCUGAUGCUCAGGUUGAGGCAGGGGAGGCGGCUGCCCGCCAGGUGAAGCAGCAGCUGGCUGAGAAGGCUCAGGCCGCUGCCAAGGCGGCGGAGGCAGCACUGGCGGGAAAGCAACAGAUUGUGGAGCAGCUGGAAUCUGAGAUACGGGAGGGGGAACUGGUGGUGCAGGAGGAGACCGCACUGCUGCAGACCACUCAAAACACCUAUUGCGCCGCGGGGCAGGCCGCCAAGCAGGCAGAUGUCCAGCUAAAGACUCUUACCCAGGCUGUGAAGAAUGCCCAGGACAAUGUCGCCAAUUCCGAGCAUGUGGCCAAUGGGGCCCAACAGGAACUGACGGAGAAACAGCAGCUCGUGGAAGCUGCCAAAAAGCGGGUAGAGCUACUCCUCAAGCAGCUGGAUGUGGCCCGAACGGACUAUAAGAACACAAAGAUCGCCGCCGAGAAGGCAGCCUGUGCUGCUCAGGAAGCCAGACAAAGGGCUUCCAGGGAGCGAAGACGGGCAGAGCUCCGGCACAGACUGAGGCAACAUAUGGGUCGUGCUUACUGAGUUUUAUAUUUUCUAUCUUAUUCUAUGCAUAUGUUCAUUUAUUUUAAAUUUA